GUUUUUCAACUCACUCCCAAUCUUGAGAGAUAACAGACACAGCCCAUGGCGACUGCAAGGGGAAGACUGCAGAUCAUGAACCCUAAUUUUCUCUCUCUAGUUGUUGCGCUCUCUCUUCUCCUCGUGAUCUCCUCCGCCAAAGUGUUCUUCGAGGAGCGCUUUGAUGAUGGAUGGGAGAGUCGGUGGGUAAAAUCUGACUGGAAGAAAGAUGAAAACAUGGCUGGUGAGUGGAAUUACACCUCUGGCAAAUGGAACGGAGACCCUGACGACAAAGGUAUCCAGACAAGUGAAGACUAUAGGUUCUAUGCUAUCUCAGCUGAAUUUCCUGAAUUCAGCAACAAAGAUAAGACCUUAGUUUUCCAGUUCUCUGUCAAGCAUGAGCAGAAGCUUGACUGUGGCGGUGGAUACAUGAAAUUACUCAGUGGUGAAGUUGACCAGAAAAAAUUUGGUGGCGACACCCCAUACAGUAUCAUGUUUGGACCCGACAUCUGUGGCUACAGCACCAAAAAGGUCCAUGCUAUUCUCACCUACAACGAGACAAACCACUUGAUUAAGAAGGAAGUUCCAUGUGAGACUGACCAACUGAGUCAUGUCUAUACUUUCAUCCUCCGCCCUGAUGCUACUUACAGCAUCCUCAUUGACAAUGUGGAAAAGCAGACUGGUAGCUUGUACUCUGACUGGGAUAUUCUCCCCCCAAAGAAGAUCAAGGACCCUGAGGCCAAAAAGCCUGAAGAUUGGGAUGAUAAGGAAUACAUUCCUGAUCCAGAGGACAAGAAGCCAGAGGGUUAUGAUGACAUCCCGAAGGAGAUCCCCGAUCCUGAUGCGAAAAAGCCUGAGGACUGGGAUGAUGAGGAGGAUGGCGAGUGGACAGCUCCAACCAUUCCCAACCCUGAGUACAAGGGCCCAUGGAAGCCAAAGAAAAUUAAGAACCCCAACUACAAAGGCAAGUGGAAGGCACCAAUGAUUGAUAACCCAGACUUCAAGGAUGACCCCGAUCUCUAUGUUUUCCCUAAUUUGAAGUAUGUAGGCAUUGAGUUGUGGCAGGUGAAAUCCGGUACCUUGUUUGACAAUGUCUUGGUGGCUGAUGACCCUGAGUAUGCUAAGAAGCUAGUGGAAGAAACAUGGGGCAAGCAAAAGGAUGCUGAGAAGGCUGCUUUUGAUGAGGCGGAGAAGAAGAGAGAAGAGGAGGAAUCAAAGAAUGAUCCAGCUGAUUCUGAUGCUGAGGAUGGAGAGGAUGAUUCCGAUGAUGCUGAAGGUGACGACGCUGAUGAUGAUGCCAAAUCAGAGUCUAAAGAAGAGACUGAGGACGUCCAUGCACAUGAUGAACUGUAGGGUGCUCGAGAAUUGUAAUCUCUCUCUCUCACUCCCUCCUGACAUUGUGCCCUCAAUUGAGUAUGCCUGGGCUGUUAGUGUCCAAAAAUUUUCCCUUUUUAUUUUACUUUUUAGCCUUAGGUAAAAGAAACCAGCUGGGCGCUGUGCAUGAAAGUAAAUUGCUUUGAUUUCAUGUGAUUUCGCUCUUGAAAAACUAAUAGAGAAACAUGUUUUCUGGUUUUUUAUUUAUGGAAUUUGCUGAUGCUAAUUAGUAAGGCAACGUUUCCAGUUUC